UUACAUGACGCACACUGAGUCGCUACGGCUAGCCUGUUAGCUAGCUAGGCUAAACAACACAACGCCGUGACAGCGAGCCAACGCUAAGGAUAGGCUCUGUUCCGUGUUAUUAUGGGAUGUCUAAUAUUUGCCAGUUGAAACUAUGAACUGGGUGACGUUUUGUGUUCACACACUGUAGGGUCGCAAUGGGAAAAGGCUGUAAGGUGGUGGUGUGUGGCCAGGCAGCAGUCGGAAAAACGGCCAUACUGGAACAGCUGCUGUACGGAAACCACACUGUAGGCUCCGAGUCCAACGAGACCCAGGAGGAUGUGUACGUGGCCUCAGUGGAAACUGACCGCGGCGUGAAGGAACAGCUGCGGCUCUAUGACACCAAAGGCCUCCACGAUGGACAGGACCUCCCCAAACACUACUACUCAGUGGCAGACGGCUUCGUGCUCGUCUACAGCGUGGACAGCUUGGAGUCCUUCAAGAAGGUGGACAUUCUGAAGAAGGAAAUAGACAAGUCCAGAGAUAAGAAAGAGGUGACCGUCAUAGUGCUGGGGAACAAGACGGACCUGCGGGAGCGUCGUCAGGUGGACCAGGAGGCGGCGCAGCAGUGGGCGCGAGGCGAGAAGGUGAAGCUGUGGGAGGUGAGCGUCGCCGAACGCAACUCGCUCAUCGAACCCUUCACCCAGCUGACCAGCCGCCUCACGCAGCCGCAGAGCAAGUCUGCCUUUCCUCUGCCGGGGCGCAAAAGCAAAGGCACCCCGUCCAACGACAUGUGACUCUCUGAAGACCCCCUCACUCCUCUCCGCUCCUGUUAGCAGGCUGCAUUCACCUCACAUGGGAACACCCGGCGGGACCACGUGGACAGGCCUUUAGCUACAUGACUUUGGUUAGCUUGUGUGUAAAUUAGAGCUUUUUACACACAUUCAUACAGUUCUACACAGUGGUUACAUUGCUUAAGGUAGUUCAACUUCAUUAUUUUGGGAAAUAUUUUGCUCUCUUUCUGCGAGUGAGAUGAGAAGACUGAUAUUAAUCUGGUAUGCUAAGAAUAGAGCUGGGUCAGAAUGUGGUUAGCAUAGCAUAAAGACUAGAAGCAGAAACAUUUGCAGUGUUCGAGGGAGUAAUAUGGUGGAACUAUUUCUUGGCGAACAACACCCUGGGGCAGUUUGCAGCUUCCCAGAGCCUUGUUGAUUUGGUUCACAGCCACCACAACAGUGCUACAGCUCCACUGGAGUGCUGGCUGAUGGGUAAACUGUUCGCCACUUUCACAUUUCUGUUUUUGUUUGGGUUAAACAAACGAGAUACGUGUUAGUCAGCCAGCUUUAAAGGUGUUGUCAGUCAAGUAUUUUUGAAGUUUUGACCGAGCCGGGCUGGUGGUCUCUGUCUCCAGUCUUUAUGCUAAGCUAGGCUAACCACAUCCUGACUGCAGCUCUGUGCUCAACACACGGACAUGUUUGAUAUUCUCAUCUCACCAACAGCAAACCAAAUCCACAUCUGUAACAUCUCAAGCCUUUUUUCUUCGUAAAACCAUCUCAGCAUGGGCAAGCACUUUAGUACCAAAGAGUUCAGACAACCCAAACACACAUCUCGUGGAUUUACACUUUUGAAUUGCGGUCCUGAAAUAACGUGUUAUGUUUACUGUCCUUUUCAACUGAAAUAUAUCAUUCCAAGUUAAACCAUACAAUCAAUUUUUGUAACUAUCUUACUAUUCACAUUCCCAUAUAGAGUUAUUGGUUGCUGUUAUCAUUCCUCCUCUGUCCCAAGAGGGCCCAGCCUACAGCUAAAGUCAGACUAUUGAAGGACUGUGGAUUUUGACCCCCAUUUCUUCCAUCGGAUUUCCACAAGGGAUCUCUACAUGACCAGUAUGUAACUCUUUCAGCAAACAUACCGGCUUGUGGAACAGCUCUGUAAGCUCUGUAGGACAGUGUUUUCAAACAGGAAUCUACUACCUAUGUUAUUUCCCAUCUGAUGUGAAUGCAGCAUGAAUCCCUGUUCUCUGGCGGGACUCAGCUAGCCUUCGUCCAGUCCAUCUCGUAUAUUAAAUAUGGCCUGGCAGCAAUAAUAAUAAUAAUGUUCAUGGUACUGCCUUUACCCGUUUUGAGAUUCCAUAAUGUCUGUCUGUUAGUUGCACUCGUGUCGUCCAGCCUGUAUAAUCAAAUAGGGCUACUAGUUAAAACUGUGUGUAAGGCUUUCUAACAGUAGAAAUGUCAGUGUUGAGAGGAAAUAUUUAUUUUUUAACUAAUUUAUUUUUGUCACUUUAAUGAGCCACAUUCCUUGACUUUUGAAAAUGGUAAAACAAUGUGAAGGAUGAUUGCGCUGUUUUCUGUGUCCUUAAUGUUUCAAAGUAAUAACAGUUAAUGUGCUGCUAGUAGAACGGAGUUAGUGAGACUCAACACUUGCACUCUGUAUUCAUGCUAACCCUAAAUUAUUCUCUGCUCUGUAACUCUGCACUGAAUAAAAUGUAGCCUCUUCA